AUGCAUAGGUCAAUGAUCUUUCUUCCUGCAACGUUGUUUCUUUUCUGUGCUACCAUUUCCUUAUACCAUUCGCCGAGAGAGGCACAGAUCCGGGACUAUCUUCCACAUUGGCCAUCUCACAAUGAAGACGUACAAGUCGACCUUCCAAAGUGGACAAUAGAUGUGCCUUCGGACUACGAUAUUCAGCCCUAUCACACUUCCAUUUGUGCCGAACGAUACGGUCGCACAUAUCUCGAAAGUUUGCGUGACACCGCAACCGAAUACUGCAUGCCUGGUUCCUCCACAAAUUUGACAUGCUUCCAUACAGCCAAAUGGCCUGGUUCGGGUAGAGAUACCAUGUGUCUUGGACAAUCGGCAAUAUAUGAUGCUUCCGAGAAGAAAUUCAAGCUCGGGUGUGAUAUUCGGCCAUUAGAUGGAGAGGCAAAGACUAAAGACUACCCCGAGUUCAAUAACUUUCGAUCUCACUGGUACGGUACCGGCACAAAAGUUAUCUUCGACGGGUAUGUUUCGAAAGAUAGGCAUCUACGUCAAUAUCCUACAACGUACAACUACACCAUCCUCAUCAAACGCGAAGGUGCCUUGAACCCAUGGCAUUGUCUCUUGGAGAUCUGGUCGACAAUGAUGACCAUGGACGUCCUGCGAAUGGCUGUGAAUCCUGCCACCAACGCUCCUUUUUACAUCACCGAAGAUGUUCAGAACACUCAGGUAGUCAUCCUAGACGAUCAUGUCGACGGCUUGUAUCUAGAUCUCUGGACCGCGGUUGCCGAAAGGCCGAUCAUUAGACUAAAGGAGCUUUCCGAAACAACAGAAUUCGAGAAUAUUAUAGUACCACUACCUGGUGCCAGUAAUCCUAUUUGGCAAGGAGACUGGGAAAUUCACGAUUGCGGGCAGUCGGAAUUGUUGCGUACGUUUUCCGAUCGAGUUCUCAACUUCUACAAUGUAGAACCUUGGAAACCUCAUGAUGGUGAUAUUAUCAUAACCUACAUCGAUCGACGGAAUGCACGACAACUGAUAGGCCAAGAGUCCUAUCUCGAAGAACUCGCGUCUCAAUAUCCCCACGUUAAAAUACAAAUGAUCGACUUCGAAUCCAUACCUUUUUCUGAACAAGUCAGAAUUGUCCGCGAAACUGACAUUCUAGUCGGAGUUCACGGAGCCGGCCUAACUCAUGGCAUGUUUCUGCCCGAAGGAUCAGUAAUGGUCGAGAUACUGCCGGAGGGACUAAAUCAUAAGGGCUUUCGAAAUCUUGCUGGCCUUCGAUCACAUACAUAUCUUAGCGUGCACGGCUCGAAACUAUUAACACCGUCGCGCGGACAGAGGCGUGCUGAGUGGCAUGCAAAAGAUGUCUCGCUGGACCGAGAGCGCUUUUUGGACCUGAUGGGGGUUGCUAUAAGGACCGUGUAUAACAAAGGGUUGCGAAGUUAUGAUGUAAAUUAA